CAUGAAUCAUAAUUGUCCCUUGCCAAGUCCCAAACGGAACUUUCUCAUUGAUCCAUAUAUAUAUAUAUAUAUAUAUACGUAACAUAAGAGAGAGAGAUAGAUAGAGAGAGAGAGAGAGGGAUGGGGGGCCGUUCAUGGAAGAAGAUGGAGAAGGGGUUGAAUGAGGCGGUUUCGAAGAGCAGGGUUGGCAAAUACUUCAAGUUGGAGGCCAGGAAGAGCUGCUUCACGGCUGAGCUACGCGCCGGCACCGCCACUUUUCUCACCAUGGCUUAUAUCAUCACCGUCAACGCCACCAUCCUGGCGGAUUCCGGCGGCCCUUGCUCGGCGGCCGACUGCUUGCCGCCGCCAGCCAACCAGACCACUGCUUCUCCAGACUGCGUCCUGAACUCUAAUCCUGGCUACCAAAAUUGCCUGUCAAAGGUCAAAACUGACCUCAUUGUGGCCACCGCGUUGUCUUCUAUGAUUGGGUCGUUCGCCAUGGGCCUUUUCGCCAAUUUACCUCUGGCUUUGGCCCCAGGUAUGGGCCCAAACGCUUACUUGGCUUACAAUUUGGUGGGCUUUCAUGGGUCUGGGCCCAUGUCCUACCAGACUGCCAUGGCUGUCGUCUUGGUUGAAGGCUGUGCUUUUCUUCUCAUCGCUGUGUUUGGGCUUAGGGCAAAGCUGGCUCGGAUCAUACCCGAUCCGAUCCGGCUGGCUUGCGCGGCGGGUAUCGGGCUUUUCAUCGCCUUCGUGGGCCUACAGGCCCACCAGGGGAUGGGCCUUGUGGGUCCCGAUCCGGCCACCUUGGUAACUGUCUCUGCUUGUUCCACCACGAAUCCGGCGACCGGAGAGUGCAUCGGCGGGAAAAUGCGCAGCCCGACGUUCUGGCUCGGCUCAGUUGGCUUCCUAAUAAUGUCUUAUGGGUUAAUGAAGGAGAUUAAGGGUAGCAUGAUAUAUGGCAUGGUCUUUGUGACGCUAAUUUCAUGGAUUAGGGGCACGGCCGUGACCUAUUUCCCUCACACACCCCUUGGUGACUCCAAUUACAGCUAUUUCAAAAAGGUGGUCGACUUUCACAAGAUCAAGUCCACUGCAGGGGCCAUUAGCUUCACCCACUUCAACCAAAGUCAAGUUUGGGUGGCCAUAGUGACGUUAUUAUAUGUUGAUGUGCUAGCCACCACAGGUACAUUGUACACCAUGGCACAAGUUGGGGGCUUCCUGAAUGACCAAGGAGGCUUUGAGGGGGAAUACUUGGCUUACAUGGUCGACGCGGGCACGACAACUGUGGGGGCCGCACUCGGAGUCUCUCCGAUUGCAACGUUUGUAGAAUCGUCAGCAGGAAUCAGGGAAGGGGGCAGGACGGGACUAACGGCCAUGGUCGUGGCAGCAUAUUUUAUGGUAUCAUUGUUUUUCAUACCACUAUUGUCAAGUGUGCCACCAUGGUCAAUAGGUCCAUCUUUGGUCAUGGUUGGGGUGAUGAUGAUGAAGGUGUUGAAGGACAUAGACUGGGGCAACAUAAAGGAGGCAGUGCCUGCUUUUGUUACCAUGCUUCUCAUGCCACUGACUUACUCUAUAUCCAAUGGCAUAAUUGCUGGGAUUGGGCUGUACAUUGCACUCGGGCUGUAUGAUUACCUUGGAGGGUGGAUAAAGUGGCUGAUCGAGAUGAGAAGAAUGGUGGCCAAGGAGCAAAAUCAAGUGUCAGCAACAGCUGGGCAAGACGUGGCUGAAAUCAUUUGAUUAGUUUAGUUAACUUCUUUCUGGUGGUAUUAUGUGAAUUUAGAAGCCCUUUUUAACUUUUGGCUUUAUGGAGUUUGGUUUUGUGCUGCAUAUGCACAGGCUACCAUGAGAAGAGAGAGGUGUAGGGGAUGGAAAAUUAGUGGGCAAUACAACUUCCUCAAAACUUUUCAAGGUUGCUUGUGCAUUAAUAUAUAUGAUGGAUGGAUGGAUCAAAUAUAAAGUAUUUUUUUUUUCUUUUUGUC